AUGCAUUUUUCAAUACCAGACUGUAAUGAUUUUAAAGAAAAUGGUAAUAGUUAUACGGGAUUCAAUAUUCAUGUAAAUGGUAUAUUUCAUUGCACUGUCAGGUAUAGACAGUUGCAUUGCCUUUAUGAACAAAUUAAAAAAGAUUUUAGUUUGAUUGCAUCACAAUUACCACCUUUUCCAUCGAAAAAAAUUUUACCCCUUUCUGGUACACAAUUAGAAGAAAGGAGACUGCAAUUAGAAAAAUAUAUUCAAGCAGUCGGGCAAGAACCUACAUUGUGUAAUUCAGAAUUGUUUAAUUCUUUUUUAUCAAUCGCUCAGCAAGAGACUAGUGGAUUGGUGAUAGAAAACACUUCAAUAAAUGUAUUUUUAAUGAAUGGCUAUAAAAUCACAUUAAAAGUUUUAACAAAUGAACGAUCAGAUCAUAUUUUAGAAAAAGUAUGUGAAAAAAUUAACUUGCCUGAAGAAUAUACUUAUUAUUUUGCAUUAUUUAUAAUUAAACAAGAAGAAGAUGGUGACAUAACUGUUAUUAGAAGGCUUCAGGAUUUCGAAAGUCCAUAUUUAUCUCAACAAUCGAUUAAAUGUCCUAAUAAAAUCGUUUUGAGAAAAAGUUAUUGGGAUCCUGGCUACGAUUUGGAAUUAAUGACUAAUAAAGUAUCAUUAAAUCUUUUAUACAUUCAAACGAUUAGUGACAUAGAAUAUGGUUGGGUACUUUGCAGUCAAGAAACAAGAAACACUUUAGCUAAUUUUCAAUCGAGAGGUGCUAAAAAACAGUACUUGGAAUUAGCUAGAACGCUUAAAUAUUACGGGUUCCUACAAUUCCGUCCUUGUAUAUGCGACUAUCCGUAUCCGGGUUCGAAAGUUUUAGUAUCAGCCGGAAAUAAAGAAUUAAAUUUAAGAGUUAAACUUUCCGAUGGAGACGACGUGAGACAGGGAAGUUUUAAAGUGACAAGAAUGAGAUGUUGGAGAAUAACGACACUCCAUUCCGACGAUCCGAAAAAUUUAGAGUCUUCCAAUUUGGAAUUAUCAUUUGAAUAUUUAAUGGCCAAAGAUAAAUUGCAAUGGAUAACUAUAUCGUCGGAGCAAGCGAUAAUAAUGUCCAUUUGCCUUCAAAGUAUGGUAGACGAAUUAUUGUUAAAAAAAUCCGGCGUGAGAAGGAAAACGAUAACGCCGAUGAAAUCAAAUAAUUGGAAUUAUAUAAAAAGAGACGGGUCGAGUCAAAUAAUAACGGUCAAUCAAUACAAUAGUUCUUCCGAUAUUUUUUCAUCCGUUCAAAAUGCCAAACAUUCUUCGAGUUCAAAUAAUUCCGGCCAAAUAGAAAAUUCCGUCGUCGUGGACGGUCAUAAUUCGAAUUCUCGAACGGUUAAAAAACUAACGGAUAAAUUUCAAAGUGUGGGAUUUACAUCGAAUACGAAAUCUCUUAUCAAUAACGAAUGUUUUGAUAACGAUGGCAUAGGAGACGAUGAUUUAUAA